AUGGCCCAUACCAAGGGGCCCCGGACUCCGUAUUCCCGGAGCACCCCCCAUGAGGAACUGCGAGGGGCGCGGUCGAACGCCUUCUCCAAAAUUGGAACAGCCAAGUUGGUAGCCUGCACCGAUCCUCCAGAUUCAGGGAGGCUGAUGAUCCUGAACAAAGCCUGGAAGGUGAUCACCAAAGUGCGCUCUCCUGACUUUCAGGAUGACAUCAACUGCGCUGAAGUCUGGGUGGAAUUCACCUGCCGCCACUUCACAAAACACGAAGUCAACACAGUUCUGGCUGACAUGAUCAAGCACGUGACCCCUGACCGAGCGUUCGAGGAUGCCUAUCCUCAGCUGCAGCCAGUGAUACCGAAGAUCCUUAUCUACCACCACAACGUAACCCCUUUAUUUCUCCUCCCUGUUCUCCAGGAGCGCUUCCUGCCAUUCCUUGACAUGUUCCAGAAAGACAGCGUGUGGUUGGAAGUCUGCAAAUCCAUCAUGGAGGUCUUCAUCAAGCAUCAGGUGGAGCUCACCAGGGACCCGGUCAUCCUCAACGCCAUGCUGCACAUCUGCAAGACCAUGCACGACUCUGUCAACGCUCUCACUCUUGAAGAUGAGAAAAGAUCUUUGUCUCUGCUGAUCAUCGGUUUCAUCCGCGUGGUCUCCUUUGGCCGCGACUUCGAGCAGCAGCUGAGUUUCUGUGUGGAGGCCCGAGCCACGUUCUGCAACCUGGAGCCGGUGCUGGUGCAGCUCAUCCAUACGGUGAACCAGCUGGCCAUGGAGACCAGGAGGGUGAUGAGAGGGAGUCACUCCCAGAAAACCGCCGCCUUCGUCCGGGUUAGUCAGCGCACGUCGCCUCUCCGCGUGUGCGGCAUUUUCAGCAUCUUCAGCCGCCUCAACCUCUACCUGCUCUCCGCUCAGGUUGCGUUGGCCAACCAGUGUCUCUCCCAGGCCGAUGCUUUCCUGAAGGCGGCGGUCGGCGUCCUCCCCAAGGUUCCUCGCUCCAGCGUGGAGGGGAAGCUGCGUUCUUCUGAGAGCUUCCUGCUGGACUUCAUCAACAACUUUCUGGCAACACUGCUGGUUGUCCCGGACCACCCGGAGCACGGGGUGCUCUACUUAGUCCGGGGUCUGCUCAACAUGGUCCAGGAUUACACCUGGGAGGACUCCAGCGACGCCAAGGUGCGAGUCUACAUCAGCGCGCUGCCUCUGUUGGCCGCCAUGAGUCAGGAAUCCUUCCUCUACUCCAUCCCAGAAGUUGACUCCAAUGAGACGUUGUACGGAGGAGACCCCAAGUUUCUGUCUGAGAUCAACAAGCUGUGUGAGACUCUGAUCGGGCAGAUCCUGGACCAUCUGAAGGCGCUCAGCCGGGACGACCAGAGCGCACGGCGUCAAAGCGCUCUGGCCUUCUCUCUGUUUGCUGUCCUGCUGGCUCACGGUGAGCUGAGGAACAACAAGCUGAGCCAGCUGGCCGUCAACUUGUGGAACCUCAGUCACAAACAUGGACACUGUGAGACGUCAAUGUCUGUUCGGACUCUGGAGUCCAUCAAGCAUCAGGCUCAGCAGCCCGACACGGCUCACCUGUCGGAUACAGUCCAGAGGCUGGCACUGCAGUCCCGCACCUGAACACCGGCCGUCACACUGCUUGGAGAAAAGCUGUUCCAGAGAAA